CGUCCGCCUCGGCAGGAAGCGUUGGGCUGGCAGGUCGGGGGGCUGUCCUGCUGUCGGGGCUGCUGAGCGGAGGAGCCGGCAUGCAACGGCGGGGAGCGCUGCUGCCCGAGACUCCCGGCCGGGUGCAGAACCCCUUCGAAAGCCCCGGAGACGUCCGCCACUUGCAGGAGCAGACCGUCUGCAGCCCCAGCGCCUUCCGUCCCGCCCCGCCCCCGGAGAGCCCCGGGCGAUUCAUGUGGUCCAUUGACGAGCUGGCCCUGAUUGACCCAGUGGAGAUCAACCCAGAGGACAUCCACCGCCAGGCCUUCUACCUCAGCCAGACCAGGAUCGACAGGGAGGUCGAAGAACGGAGGCAAAGGGCCAUCAACGAGUUUUUCACCAAAAGCACCAUUGUCCCAUCGCCCUGGACCGAUCCCAUCGGGAAACAGUCUUCUCAGCUGAAUUCAACCAGAUGUGUUGAGCUCAACGAUGCUUCACCCAUCGGCCGAGAAAUCAUCGUCCAACCUGGGAAAAAUAAUGCUGCUUGUCAGACAGUGUUAUCCCUACCAGUGGAUUUUGAUUUGGAAAAGAUACUGGGUGACUAUUUCAAAGCCGACGAAUCGGCUGACCAGUCCCAGGAAAACCUCAGCACUUCCUCCUUGAGGAGAAAGCUGUUUUUGGACGAGAAUGGUCUCUCCUCCGAGAGCCCCUCCCCUUCUCUCGGCCUGCGCAACGGCCCGGCCUCCUUAGGCGUCCUCUGUUCCAUCGACCUCUCUCCGGUCCGCUGCAGGAGCCCUCUGAGUUCUGACAGCUCAGGCCAUCUCUCCUCCAGCCCCAUCCGGGGGAAUGCCAGGACGUACAGUUUGGGCAGCCUUCCUAGCCCGUCCUUGGCACGCAGGAGCCCGGCAAAUCUGGCGUCGCCCACUUUCUCUCCCGUUGGCAUCCAGCUAAGAAAAACUCCAAUGGCGGGUCAAAGGCAGUUCACUUUCCGCUCUCCGGAUCUUCCUUCCGUUUCCAACGCCUGCCGUCAGGCUCCUCCUACCAGCAGCAGGAGUCCCCACAUGGAAUGCUCUCCGUUAAGGAGUCACUCGCCCAUGAGGCUCCUCUCCUGCUGGGGGACCGCCCUGUAUCAGAGCUCCUUCCUUCGCCUCCCCUGCACCCCGGAGAACUUCCAGGAAGAGCUGGCGGAAGCAGCCGAGGCCACGUGGGCCGGGAGUCCCAGGGCGGGCCUGACCCCUAUAAACGAGGACAUCCCAUUAGCGGGGUCCCCCUCGGAGAUGGCCGCUGGCGCUCUCUCACCGGAGACCCCUGAAGGAUUGGCACUCCGGCCCUGCUUGGACUCUUCCGGAGAGAAACGAACGGUGGAAAUGGCCGAUCCGGAGAUGCUGGAUGAGAACUCGGUGAAGGGAUCGUCUGAAUGCGACGGGGGGGCUAUGACUGGAUUGAGCAUGGAGAGGUCCUGCAUCUCUAUGGAUCCAUUGGCGGAAAGCAGUGCUUCUCCCUGUGAGAGCAGCAGUCUGCAGAUGGACAGUGGCUACAAUACCAGCAGCCUCAUGGAUACAGCUGGAGGCGAGCUCAGCUGCAGAGAGCACAGCGCGUUUGAGGCUCAGAGGAAAACCCACGUUUUCAGAAUGAAGCAGGGGAAAUCAAAAACUGGACACUGGGCUGAAAACGCUUGCCAACCCAGCAGCCUCUUCCUGGAAGUGCCUUUGCCCAAAUGAGCUGGCAUAGAUCUGCUUCUAACUGGGAUUGAUUGAUUGAGAGAGAGAGAAACCAUCCCCCAAAGCUGAAUGACUACUCUGACAGAUACUUCGACACUGGACUGGUACAACUGCCUUCCAGCGGCUGGAGGGAAAUUGAACCCCCAAGAUGAUCAGCCUGGCUAUACCCACCAAAUUGGCACUGGAAUGCUGUGGGCUACAUUUAUGCACUUGGAUUCUCACAAGGACUCGGCUGCGGUUGGAACGCUGCUGCUAUAUGCCUCCGACAUGCAUUGAUUCUGGUUAUACCCAAGUAGAGCCAGUUGUUUCUUAAUGUGCCAAUUAUGGGCUCAAUUUACCAGGCAGGGGCUUCCUUGCCUGAGCCUUGACAACAUACAAAUGCAGAUGCCCUGGUCUUAAACUUAAAGUGGAAGUUAACUAUUUGGAAUUAGGCGUCACUAACGUGCCAAAUGGGGUGGCAGAGCAAUAUGUAUUGCCUUGUUUUCUGUGAAAAUUAAUAGCGUUUGUUGAAAAGAAAUCUCUUUCGCAUCUUGAUGAUGCUAAUCGUAUCGGGAACCAAUGAUUUUUUUUAAAGUAGUUAAAUAAAGUAGUAGUUGUGCUUUUUCCCCGUUUUUCGAAGUUUUAUUACCAAUGUGAAAUCGGUUUCAACAGGAGGCUAGAAAACAUUCUUGUUAGAAUAAAUAAACCCUUUGCACGCAUACAAAAAAGGCAACAUUCUGACGAAUCGUUUUUUUUAAAUAUACUGGGCUGGAAUUAUGUUUCAUCAUUUAAAAAAAACAUGUUUAAGAUAACUGGUUUUCCUGCUCAAUUUGUUAUACUUGGAAAAGUUAGUAGCUGAAGAGUGUUUUUGUUCUUUGUUUUUUUUUUAACAAGUACCUGUAGGGAAACACCCUAUUAAAACGGUCAUCUCAGAUUGGGUAGUGCCAAGACAAAAUCCAGAGAAUGGCUGGAUUUAUUAUUAUUAUUUUUAGCCUUUACAGGAACUACUGAACACAUGCACAAAAUCCUAAAUCUUUAAUCUCUAUUUUGAAAAUUGCUAGGACAUUAUAUUUCUCGGAGGUGCCUUUUUUUCCCAAGAGGCAACUGUACUUUCUAGUUUUUCUCUGAAGACAUUUCGCUUCUCAAUCAAGAAGCUUCUUCAGAUGAAAUGAGAAGUGAAAUGUCUUUCAAAGAAAAACCCGAAAGGCUAAAGGACUCUUGGAAAAAGCAUCUCGAAGAACCCUGGUCUGGAUGACUGAGCAUCUCCAUAGAAAAGUUAUUUUUUGCUCUAUUUCAGCCGUGCUAUGGAAAAGCUCUGAGGCUACAUGGCAAAGACUCUCUUGUAAGGCACUUUCCCAUUUAACUUCACUUUUAACUUUUCUUCCUUGGCUGUUUAAUCCAUCCCUCCUAAUUAGCUGGGAACUGGAUUUUCUUUACAGCGCUCAUUAAGUAAGUUAAUUAAGUAACUGGGGAUUGGUAAUUUUUAUCUGUAACGAGAGGUGCAGAUUAGAAACCUCGAAGCGCAAAUUGUGAAUCGGAAGCUUACAACUUUUAACUCUUAAUCCUUUGGGGAUUAUGCUUCUUUCUAAUUCAUCUCCUGCUCUGCUUGUUUUCUUUUAGAAAGUAGAAGCAGGUGCUCUUCUUAAAAUAGCUUUAUCUGGCAGUAGCUUCAUAUCACAAAUCACAAUCAACAUCAAAUAUCCAUACCAAAAAAAAAACCCACCUCAUUGGAGCCUGGAAAAUGUAGACAUUAAUAUGUCUUUUCCUGACUGCUCUCUGCUUUUGAUCUCUGAUUGUUAUCAAUCUAUUUAUCAUUUUCCUUGCACCACAUUUUUUUUAAAACAAAGAUAGACCAAGAGA